CGCACAGUGGCAACCUGCCUCGCUCCGCGCCUGCCUCAUCGCCGUUGCCGUUGAUUGGUUUGUGUGCCGAGGCAGAGAGAGGGCCAAGGCAAGGCCAAGGCAGGCUUGUGAAGGUCAACCGCCGUCCCUCCCUCUCAGCAAGGCCCUUCACGCGCCCUUCGUCCUCUCAUUGCCAUCCAUUCUUACCUCUGCGCAGAGCGUUACGAGGCUUCUUUUUGUCUCAGGCUACCACUUCAGCAACUUGUCAAGCGGCAUACCUGCUCGCGCGGAAGCGCCUUUUCCACCCUUAAGCUCGACGUGGGCCAUUCCCAGAUUCAAAGGCCGCAACUCUUCUCGUCAGACGAGCUCGAGCCCCGCUUUUGCCUCCCUCAUCCUCACCAUCAGCGCCAUCGUCAUCAACGUCUUUCAACCACGCCCUUGACAACACCUCAUCACCGCUACCCAUCAUGCUCGCUUGGCGCCACAAGAUCGGCCCCGGCUUCCUCAUCCUCAUCGCGGCCGCGGCACUCUUCUGUGCCUUCAUCCUACAGAUCCUCGUCUCUGUGGGCCUGCCAGACAUCCGGUCCAUUUAUUUCCUCACCUUCACGCUGAGUGAUCUCGGUCAGGAGAUCAAGGUUGGUCUCUGGACUCUGUGCACCAAUCAGUACUACUCGAGCUUCUGGGGAAAUGAUGAUGGAGAGACGUGCCAGGGUAACAGCCUCGGCUACGAGGACUCGCAAUACGGCGACAUUGCCCAGCAGAUCCUGAUCCCUGGCCUGACCAAGGCACUCGCCAUUCAACCCCUCAGCACCGCCCUCUCCGGCGUUGGCGUCGUGGCUAUGGGGCUCCACCUCUGCACCAACUUCGUGCUUUGGCCCUUGCUCUGCGCUCUCGCUGGCGUGGCCAGCAUUCUCGCCUUCGUCUUCGAGAUCGUCCUCUUCAGUACCGCACGCAUGCGCCUCAACUCAGACCGCAUGGUCGAAUGGUUCGGCUCGCCCAUCUCGGAGAGCAGCUUCGGCCCGGGAAUCUGGAUCCAGCUUGCCGCAAUGGCCCUCGUCUCCUUCGCCACUUUGAUGGCCUGGACGGCCUACGUGAGAAGGAAGCUGCACAAGUCUCACACCGCCGGUCGUUUCGGCAAGAAGGCUCCUUCCAUCUACCGCGCGAGCAUCGUCGGUGACAACGAGAAGAGCCUGCCAUACGACGAUGAGAACGUGGGCCGUUCAGCCAGUCGUGCGAGCAGUACGGCCAAGGGGAGCGAAGGCGGGUCCAGCAAGGGCAGUCACGGCAGCGGCGGUGCAAGCAACAAGAACCGCAUCGUCGCUGGAGCAGCAGCAGCCACGGCCGCCCCUGCGGCUGCCGCACCGGCGCUGAAGACGUACAACAAGCAGCGCAAGUCCGUUCCCUCGAUGGAGAUGGACUCGCCUGUGGCCGAGAACAGCACCAGCGCCACCACCGCAGCGGCCGGCGCUUCUUCUCCUCGUCGCCGUCAAGGUCACGGUCGUAUUGAGUCUGACGACAUCGCGCAAAGCGAGGCAAUGGCUGCCGCCGCGUCCCGCAGGCAGCGUGUUCCGUCGAGGAGCUCGACCGCCCGCAGCGAGGAGUUCGUCGACGCGCCCGAGGAGGAUGAGGAGGACCAGGAGGAGGAGAGCGGCCGAAGGUAUGCAGCGUACAAUGCACCCAUGGACCCCAAGGAUGAGACGGUCAUCAGCCCGAGGAAAGGACGCAGGCAGGCACGAUACAGCGCUAGGAUGGCCGAGCUUGAUGCUUGAGCCGUGGAAUCAGCGUAACACCCGCAUACCUUGCACGGACCCUCUCGCCAGCCAUGGCACGCAUUGUCACCUUGUCCUGUCUCAUGUCUCUUUGUCUCUCGCCCCAGUGCCGCAUACGUCCGCGUCUCGUCGAUCUGUAUUGUCCUCUGUUAGUCGUGUCAUACCGCAUGCGCGCAUACGAUGUCUCAAUUCGUGUGCUCGAAUGUUGCUGAGCUGUGCAAAUGCCACGAUGUAUUGCUUGCCAGC